AUUUCCACUUUGAAACAGUUGUAGGCCUCCCGGGUUACGCAGCUCGGCUUUGAAACAUCUGAAAGAAAACUAUCCUGCAUUCCCACAGUAGACUGUGCACGUGAACAGGUUUGGUUCUCCCGUCCAUUGACUCUAGGCAGACCUCUGAGUUCUUAGUCCAUCCAUUCAGAAAGCUGGACUGUUCAUGGCGAGGGAUGCACGCUGCAAACCGUGUGUGCGUGUAGUGUAAUCGAGAGCCAACAGAGUGUGUGUGCGUGUGUUUGUGUGUGUGUGUGUCUGGGUGAUUUUGUGUGUCUGGAGAGAGAGACAUAGACCGAGCCCCUAAUACAGAGCAUGCCUCUGCGUCCGGCAGCCGGCAAACAUGAGCCACCCAACCCUCCACGGCAGGACCAGCAGCAGCAGCAGCAGCAUCACACAUACACACACUCGCGCACACUCGCACUGCCUUACACACACACAUCAAACGGCAGCCAGGGGGCCAGCACUGACAGCGGCAGCUCCCAGGAAGAGGACGGCGGUGUUCCCAUUCCUGUCGGUGUUCCGGCUUUCUGUCCCGGUGCAGAGCAGAGCCACAGGGCAAGAGGACCCAUGGAAGAGCCGACCGGCAACACCGUGGUCAUCCGCAUUGGAAUCCCAGACCUCCAACAGACGAAAUGUAUGAAAUUUAAUGUGGAUGCUCCAAUUUGGCAGUCCAAGCAGCGAAUCCUGUGCACGCUCAACCAGAGCCUGAAGGAUGUGCUCAACUACGGCCUAUUCCAGCCGGCCUACAACGGCAAGGCUGGCAAGUUUCUUGAUGAGGAGAGACAGCUAAGGGAAUACCCUUUCCCAUCCCUUGCUCCCGUACCUUACCUGGAGUUCCGCUAUAAAAGACGUGUGUACACCCAGAGUCACCUGGAUGAAAAGCAGCUGUUCAAGCUCCAUACCAAGGCAAACCUGAAGAAGUUCAUGGAGUAUAUGCAGCAAAGGAACAUUGAAAAGGUCUCAAGGUUCCUGGAAAAAGGCCUGGACCCCAACUUCCAUGAUCCAGAUACAGGAGAAUGUCCUCUCACGCUCGCAGCACAGCUGGAGGGAUGUGCAGAUCUCAUCAAGGUGCUAAAGAGUGGAGGGGCGCAUCUGGACUUCAGAACAAAAGAUGGCAUAACAGCCCUGCACAAGGCCGUGCGCAGCAAGAACCACACAGCACUUAUAACGCUGUUGGACUUGGGUGCAUCGCCUGACUAUAAAGACAGUAGGGGGCUGACUCCUCUCUACCACAGCUCCAUGGUAGGAGGAGACCCCUACUGCUGUGAGCUGCUCCUGCAUGAUCAUGCACAAGUUGGCUGUGUGGAUGAGAAUGGCUGGCAGGAGAUACAUCAGGCAUGCCGCUAUGGCCACGUGCAACACCUGGAACACCUGCUGUUCUACGGAGCUGACAUGAGCGCCCAGAAUGCAUCUGGAAACACCGCACUGCAUGUGUGUGCUCUCUACAACCAGGAUAGCUGUGCACGAGUCAUCCUGUUCCGGGGGGCCAAUAAGGAGAUAAAGAACUACAACAGCCAGACAGCCUUUCAGGUGGCCAUUAUAGCCGGAAACUUUGAUCUGGCGGAAAUCAUAAAGGUCCACAAAGCAUCGGAUGUUGUGCCUUUCAGGGAGACCCCCUCCUACACCAACCAUCGACGCGUGGUGCCCGGCAGCCUGCCCUCGCCGCGCUCCUUGCUGCGCUCUGCGAGUGACAACAACCUGAACGGAGACCACGAUCACGUCCGCGUUCAGGCCCCUAGAGAAAUGCGUGGCCGUCAGGGUCACUCCCCUGUUCCCUCCCUGCGCAGUCUGCCAGCUUUUGGGCAGCAGCACAGCAGCCUGGGAGAGAGCCUUCAUGGCGAGAUCCCUGACAGCAGUCUACAGAGUACGGGCAGCUCCAGGUCCUCCCAUUCCCGCUCGCCCUCGCUACAUCACACGCACGAGGAGGACAGGCCAGUUCCCAGAAGGUCCCACAGCCACGGCUACCCUCACGGACACGGCCAUCGUGGAAGACUCAGCCCUGGCUCAGUGCAGAGAGACCCGAGCCCCCCUCAUCACACACCUCCAGCGCUGACGGGCCCCCGGGGUCCCAAGCGGAAACUCUACAGUGCCGUCCCCGGACGUACCUUUAUUGUGGUCAAGCCCUACACUCCACAAGGGGAGGGAGAGAUCCAACUUAAUCGUGGAGAGAGAGUCAAAGUUCUGAGUAUAGGGGAAGGUGGAUUCUGGGAAGGCACGGUCAAAGGGAGGACAGGCUGGUUUCCAGCAGACUAUGUGGAAGAAGUUCAGCUGAGGCAGUAUGACCCACGGCUAGAGACCCGGGAGGACCGCACAAAGAGACUGUUCAGACACUACACUGUGGGAUCCUAUGACAACUUCACCUCAUACAGUGACUAUAUCAUAGAGGAAAAGAAUGCUGUUUUACAGAAGAAAGAAAAUGAGGGGUUUGGUUUUGUCCUGCGGGGAGCCAAAGCCGAGACGCCCAUCGAGGAGUUCACCCCCACCCCAGCGUUCCCAGCCCUUCAGUACCUGGAGUCUGUGGACGUUGAGGGAGUGGCCUGGCGGGCUGGUCUUAGGACCGGAGACUUCCUCAUCGAGGUAAACGGGGUUAAUGUAAUAAAGGUGGGCCAUAAGCAGGUGGUGUCCUUGAUCCGGCAUGGGGGCAACAGGCUGCUGAUGAAGGUGGUGUCUGUGACACGCAAACCUGAAUCGGAGGAAGUUGUUCGCAAGAAAGCUCCCCCACCACCCAAAAGAGCUCCCAGCACCACCCUGACUCUGCGCUCUAAGUCAAUGACCGCUGAGCUGGAAGAACUGGCUUCUGCUCGGAGGAGAAGAGGAGAGAGACUAGAUGAGAUGUUGGCAUCCCAGGAAUCUAUCUUGCGUUCUCAGCCCUCAGAGGCAGAUUACAGAGCAGCGACUGUCAAACAAAGACCUACCAGCAGGAGAAUAACACCAGCAGAGAUCAGUUCACUGUUUGAGAGACAAGGGAUGACUCUACACGGAGGUCUUCACCCGGGCAUUGAGAGAGGUCAUAUACCACUACCAAAGGGGAUGUCCAGGACCAAGUCUUUUGGUGCCACUGAGGAGGAUCGGUUGUCUGCCCUUGCAGGCGAGCAGAGAUUUCCCCGCAGCACCUCCAUGACAGACAGCCUCCGAGAGCACUCACAGCCCCAUCCCAUCCCUCCACCGCCGCAAACAGCACCUCCUCCACCUCCCUACUACCUAGACACGGGUCCUCCCCCAGCCUUCUGCCCCCCUCCUCCCCCAUCUAGGACUCAGAGUCAGGGUUAUGAGCCUGGAGAACACUCCAGCUUCAAGCCCUCCUCCUUGGACCUGCCUUACGAGGACGCUCACCGGCAGGCAACACACUUAGAAAGACAGAAGAAAGCCCGCUCCAUGAUCAUCUUGCAGGACUCUUCGCAUCUACCUGUGGAACCUACUGAAAUUCCACGUCCUUCUGCUGCUACUCCACCUGAGCGAAUCAAAAGGAAGGGCCGAAUUAUAGACAACCCUUAUGCUAAUGUGGGACAAUUUAGCAUUGGACUAUAUACACCCACUAAGCCCAUGAGGAAGAAAAGUCCCCUGGUAAAACAACUACAGGUGGAAGAUGCACAAGAAAAAGCUAGUUUGGCCUUAGCUGCUGCCCACUCCAGAGAGAGCUCACCGUCAGGACGACACCAAUAUACCCACGGACACACACACACCAGCCGUGCGGACUACUACCAGCAGCAGCUGAUGGCUGAGCGAGAGCGCAUCCGUGCCCAGGGAGAGAUGAUGUUUCAGGGCAAAGGCCCCUUUGCUGCUGCAAUAGCUGGAGCCGUGAAAGACCGCGAGCGUCGCCUAGAAGAACGGAGGAAAUCCACCGUCUUCCUUUCCGUUGGGACCAUGGAGGGGUCAUCUAGCACUAGCUGUGACCUCCCUUCUCUGACUCAGUCUCACUCCAUCGACGAGCGCAUGCUCAACAGAGAGCUGGGACAGCUGCCCCCCCCCGCCUUGGCCCUGAGCCCCUCUCCUAGCGGGACCACCUUUAUUCAUCCGCUCACAGGAAAGCCCCUGGAUCCCAACUCUCCACUGGCUCUUGCGCUGGCCGCAAGGGAAAGAGCACUGACCUCCCAGAGCCAGUCACCAACUGGCAGCCCAGAGACAAGGACUAAGCAUGAGACCAAAGAGUCGCCACACGGGGAAGUGGCCUCCAUGACUCCCCCAUUUUCGCCUAAGAGCGCCCUGGCAGCGGGGUACGGAGUGGGAUCCUCCCCAGCAUCUAUUUUAGCUCCCCAGCCAACAAAAUCCCAGUGGGCUCCAUCACCAUCCCCUUUAUCAUUCAGGAAGGAGAUGGAGGCCAGAGUAGAGGAGAGGAAGGGGGAAAAAAGGCUGGAGGAUAAAAAAAGUAUGUUGAUUAGUAUCAUGGAUACGUCGCAGCAGAAAACCGCAGGGCUCAUCAUGGUCCAUGCUACUAGUAACGGCCAGGCCGUCGGGGUGGGUUCAGAGCCGGAGCGGACACCGUCCCCAAAGUCCGCGGAGCCCAGCAAGUCUCCCAGUCCUACCGUCUGCCGGCCCCAGGCCCAACUCCAGGCCCAGACUCAAACCCCUGCCGGUCCGGCCCAAGAGAAAAGCCUGGCUCAGGGAAGCUCUGAAGAGGAUGUGGAUCCGUACACAGUGACCCUGCCCCCUGCCAUUUUGUCCUCCAGCGAUGAGGAAACUAGAGAGGAGCUGCGUAAGAUAGGAGUUGUUCCACCACCAGAUGAGUUUUCCAACGGUCUGCUGGCGCAGGCGCAAGGGGCGCCGGUGUCCCCGACUAAGCCUGCCGCGUCGCCCAGCACCCUUACAGCAGCGACACCCAAAACUCCCUCAGCCCCGGCAACCCCAACCGUAACACCCGCCCAGCCUCAGCCUCCCCAACCGCCACCGGUACCCAGUGCAGCAGUUGUCUCAGGGAAGCCCUCUGACCCUCUGGAGCCCCUGCCAGCGGGGGAGUCUGGCUCUGCGGCUGACUCAGGCGUGGAGGAGGCUGACACGCGCAGCUCCAGCGACAGAGAGCGAGACCACCAUCUCGAGACCACCAGCACCGUCUCCACAGUCUCCAGCAUGUCCACGCUGUCCUCGGAAAGCGGCGAGCCCGCCGACACACACACCACGCACACCUCCUGCGCCGACGGGCAGACUUUUGUGCUCGACAAGCCGCCAGUGCCUCCCAAGCCUCGACUCAAGUCCCAGAUAGGAGGCAGUAAAGGCCCUGUCACCUUCAGGGACCCUCUGCUGAAGCAGAGCUCCGACAGCGAGCUUCUAUCACAACAACAGGCCGCUGCUCUGGCUGCCGCCGCGGCCGGAGGAGUCGGGCUGCCCGCGGGCGGUUCAGCCUCAGUGACUGGACUGGGCCCGACCAAACCGCGCUACCUCUUCCAGCGGAGGUCUAAGCUGUGGGGGGACCCCGUGGAGCCUCGUGGAGUGGGGCUAGGUAUCGGGAGUUUGGGCAAUCUCGGUGGACUAGGGCUGGGCCUGGGUUUAGAUGAGGUAGCGAAACCAUCGGUUAUGGGGGAGCUCAGUUCACGACUACAGCAGUUAAAUAAGGACACUAGGUCACUGGGAGAGGAGCCACUAGGAGCAUCAUUUGACCCAGGGAGGAAAUCACCUGUGGCAGGUGCCAGACUUUUCAGCAGCUUAGGCGAGCUCCACACCAUUUCUCAGAGGAGUUACGGCACCACAUUCACCAUCCGCCCCGGCAGCCGUCACCCCGUCACCCGACGAACCCCAAGCCCAGGAUCAGGCUCCCCUGAUCGCUGUGACCCUUUUGGACGAUUCUCGGGCUUCGGCCUGCAGAGCUCACCGACUACACCGCCUCAAACCAUCCUCAAAUCGUCAAGCCUCAGCUUGCCGCAGGAGCCUAAAGAGGUGCGCUUUGUAAUGAGGAGCUCCAGCACGCGUUCCCGUUCUCGCUCCCCGUCCCCCUCCCAUUCCCCCGGUCUGGGGUCACCACUUUUAGCCCUCAGGCCCUUCCAUCAGAAACCGCUCCACCUCUGGAAUAAGUACGACGUCGGAGACUGGCUGGAGAGCAUAAAUCUGGGGGAGCAUAGAGCAGGGUUUCAGGAACACGAGAUUGAAGGCUCUCACCUCCCAGCUUUAACCAAGGAGGACUUUGCAGAGCUCGGAGUCACGCGAGUCGGACAUCGCAUGAACAUCGAGCGAGCAUUGAAGAUGCUACUGGAGAGCUGACCCCUGCCCUGAGACCAAGCAACAAGCAAGGGAUGGGGGAAGAGAAAAGAUAGGGGGCGCUCCUCUUUUACUCUGGCUGCUUCUGUGUCCUGCACCACAAAUGUUUACCUUGAUGUUCCUGUUCUGCAUUAAAACCCUGCACUUGGCACUGCACUGAAGAGGGGCAGUCAACACAUUUGUACCCCUUUACUUGGCUCUUAGUGUCUGCCCAACUCCUCGCCUGCAGCCAAUCAGAUCGAACCUCAAAAUGGGCUCUGCUCGUUCUUUGCCGAGGAAGAACCGCAUGAGCUCCAAUUAAAAUAUUUGAUUUGUUGUUCCCCCAGUUACACCCACACGUUCUCGCUCACUGUUUGUUCCUCUCCUCUGUUUCUAUCCCUCCAUCCUUUAGGCAUUUAACAGCCUUUCUGCAGUCUGAGUAAAGGAGGAGAACGAUUUUUUUUCAUCCAAACAGAGAGCUCAGUUGCCUUUCAAAACAUUUAUACAGAGAUCAACAAUGUAAAAAAUGUUGACACUAUUGACGUUGUGCUGACACGGCUCUGAAAAUGUGUGUCUUGAACUGCUGUUGUUUUUAAACCUAAGACUUUUGAGCACAGAGAGCUCCACCAAGUAAACCGAGGGAGAAAACCUCUCCGCCUUGGUACCCUGACUGUGCUAUCUAUUAUAUUUGGAGAAUGUUUAACCAACACUUGUGGCUUUUUUCAUAAUCAAUUUUUGGGUUUUCCAAAGGGAAUAAUAUAUAUAGGUACUAUAUAGUAUGAUAUAAAUGUAUCUAAAUAUAGCUUUCAAAAGAAAAGAUAAUGUUGCAAAUAGGAAUUGUGAUAAAUGAAUCUGCGCCUGUUAUUGGUUUUUAGUAUAGAAGGCAGAGAGAAAUAUUUAAAUUUAUCCCAUAGUUUAUUCGUUUCUAACAAUUAUAUACAUAUAUAUAUAAAUAUAUAUAUUUGAAAUGAAAAAAAAGUAUAUAGAAAUAGAUAAAGUAUAGAAAUGAUUUUUUGUCAUAGGUGUACAACAUCCUUAUGGUCACCCUUUUUUGAACCGUAGCAUGACAAGUUGCAUCAUAUCUUGGACAGAGUGUGAUAUUUGUUUUUAUUUUCUUAUGGUCUUCCUUCAUACAGAAGGGCAUCCCAUAAUGUGAGGCUGACACCCCAGUUGACACCCAUCCCCUAUGUAGUUCUGACCCAGCGUGGUCCACAACAACAUACAGUAAGGACCCCCCAAUAACACAGCUGGAAUCAUGGAACAUAGCAGAAAUCUUUCACUUUCCUUUUUGCUGGGUAAGAAAGCCAGUACCAGAAAGUGUUUAGAACCAAAUUAAGUUUAAAUAGUUAAAGUAGAGAAAAUACCUAGUUCUACCUGGAUAAAUAACUGAGAAAAACGUAGCCCGCUGCAGGAUAAGUGUACGUCCUGUACGUAUCAGGCUGUGGGGAUGGGAAGGUCUCUGUGAGGUCUUAAAAGAAAAUUCAGUUUUUGACAACCUGGCAGUGUCUUGCUACAUCGCUACCACCCUCUAUCUCUACAAUUACUUAGUGAUUAAUAUAUUAUCAUAUAUGGUGGCAGGCAAAACUAUAAAAAAAACAAAAAUAAGAACCAGGUUGUAGAGAGACAAACUGAAUUUUCCUUUAUUGUUAACAAUAAAAAAAAUCCACAAUUGUACUCAUGAGAAGCUUCUGCUGGCAGUGAGAAACUGAGUUUUAUUCACGCAACAAUAAGCAUUUUGUCCAUAUCUUUUCUCUGAGUCAUGUUAGCAAUCUCUAUCACCACUAAAACCUUGGUUCAUCUGCGGCAUCUAGUCAGUACACCGAGGCAGUUUGACUCAGCGAGAAGCUGUGCGCUUCUCUUUCUUUCACGCCAGCAGCUUGUGAAAACAGGCGGUAGAUUUAACGUUGUGACAGGGUUGGAGGAAUUGCACUCACUGCCUCACUGUGACCUCACUGAUUAUUUUACAUCUGACUCCUGUGUUACGGUGUGUUGUCAGAUUCAUUCGGACUUUUUGUGUUUUUUCCCUCUGAUUUGUUAGCCUCGGACACUGUGAGUGGAUUUUGUAGCUUGUGGAACAUGAUAACAAUGAUACAUGAUUUUUCACUCAUUUGAAUUUAUAGUGACAGAAAAAAAGAACUUACUGUCCAUUCUAAACAUACUUACACUUGUAAAAAUGAACAAACCACAAAAAAGUCUUUUUUUUAAUCACAAGCAAUGUAAAUAUGACAGAUUUCAUAUAAAUUUUUGAGAAACAAAAAGUAUAUAGAUCUAUAUAUGAAUGUUUGGCAUAUAUGCAUAGUUAACAACCUGUGGGAAAGGUAAGCAGAUUUUAUUCUUUCUAUGAACUCUUGAACUUUGAACUCUGAACUAGGGGAAGAUUUGCACAAAACAAGGUGACAAGGUGCUAACAUAAAAGCCACCCAUCGUCCAAUCGCAUGCGUGCAUCUGGAAUCCCAAAAUCUCUCUCCGUGUGGUUUUUCCUCUUCACCCUGUGUGCAUGACUGUGUGUGUGUGUGUGUGUAUGUGUGUGUUCGAAAAUGCUUGUUUGUUACCAUGUUUUGUGUGUAUUAGAUUGAGAGGGAGAGAAAAUGAGGAAUGCAGGUGACAGUGAGAGAGUUUUUGGUUGAUUGUUAGGGUUUACAUCUUUGGAGCUAGUCCACUAAAGCCUUACUGUUAUACCACCAGAGAUUCCCGGCAGUGGCUGUGUCACACACACACACACACAGACACACACACACACAGAUAAAUCAGCAUAUUCACUCAUAUAUAUUGACCAUCAUUAGCCUAAAUUCUUGUUUUGUACCUGAAUACUUUAAAAAAGUGGACUGCUCUGCCCUAAGGGAGAGACGGACAGAGAAAGAUCACCAUAGAGGUUUGAACAAAACCUUUGUUACAUUUACCAUUGCAACACCAUAACUCACCUUUGAGUCUGUCUAGGUAGAGCUUAUGCAGUGUCACUAUUUUCUACACCCAUUACCAGAUGGCAUCUCCACUCUGUCUGGCAGCACUCCUUUUUCAGACCUUCAGUUUCUGAGUUUUUGGAUAUCCUAUAUGAGGAGAUCCAGUGAGGAAUAAACAACACAAAGGAAAAACGUGCCAAAAAAUGACUUGAUUUUUAACUGUUUAUUUGUGUUUGCUUUAAGACUAUCUUAUUUACAGCAUUAUUGUGCUGUUAGACUCAAUAAUAUGGUGCCAUCUCCUGGAAAUCUUGAGAACUACAGACAUUUCUUUGAUCCUUAUGUAUUUCCUGCAGGUGGAAAUACAGUCACUGUUAUUAUUUUGUAAAGAAGCAGGAUAUUGUUUAUAUACAAAAAUUGUAUGUGAGUGUGUAUACAUAUACAUAUAUACAUAUUUGUACACAUACCCACAUAUUUAAAAAAGCCUGUGUAUAUCUACAUUUCUAUUUGCAUUUUGAGACAAAGUAUCAUGAUUGCUUGAUUUUACCGUGAUGAUAGUUCUUUUCCAGCUUGGUUUACUGUUCCCAUAGAAACACAAUCACACUGAAGUGGACCUGUACAGUCUGGACUCACACAGACUGGCCUGGUUAGAAGAAACAAAGAUGUAGGGAAUACCUAGUUGGAUGGCUGUGUAAUUUUACCAAGAAAAAAAAUGCAAUGGAUUUACACAACAUUAGGUCCAAUAAGUUAAUUCAAGGGUUAUCUUUGUCUUAUCUUUCAAUCAACAAAGCACAAUCUAAAUAGUGUGGGGUUGCAGUGUAACCUUUUCAAAAACCCACUGGGGUCCGGUCACCCACUGGAACCAGUGAUCGUAUCAUCAAAGGUUGUUUUUUUUCAUUGUUGGUUUUCUCCUUGUUUGCACUGUGAAGUUUAGGCUGGUGGAGGUAUCUCUGCAACGCCUCAGCCUUGUCUAACAGGUGAACUUCCCCUUUCCCAGCAUCCAAUGACCAGGUGACUUCAGGACGCUUAUAGCAUUAGCAAUCCCGCUCCCUUUCAAUAUGUGAAAGUACUGGUCACGAUAAACGCUAACCACAAGCCACCUAGUAUUCCUCAUGCAAACAGGGCGAGGGUGAUAGUUAGGUUGAGGCAAGAUGUGAGAUGUUGCCCAGGAUACCUCCACCACAGAGAUAUAUGUUUGUUAUAUUAUGUAAUAAAUUUAUUAUUAAAACAUAAACUGCAUCAAA